UUAGCAAAUCGAACCCACGUUACAGAAAGGUGGGAUGUAGAAGAAAGGAUUUUGUAAGUCCCCGGAAAAAUAAAAAUAAAUUUAAAUUUCAAAAAUGGGAACAACUUACUAGUGAAAACUUACUCAUGAAUUUCAGAAUUUGAAAUUCUCAAUACACGCGCGUAUUGAUGCAGGCGUGUAGGAUUGCAGGUGUGCUAUCGAUCCUGGGUCGGGAUUGCAUAUGCUGAUUCAAUCCUAAGCUAGGAUUGAAGUGGAUGUUCGAUCCUAACCUGGGAUUGUAACUUGUUUACAAUCCUGGUCGUGGCUAAUGGCUCGGCGGUGCUAGGCUUGUGCACAAAUGGGAUGGGGCCGAGAGUGUGGCCGGUAGGUUGCGUUGCUGGCUGAUGGGGCUACAAUCCGAAGUUACGAUUACAGUAGCAAUUCGAUCCUAAGUUAGGAUUGUAACCAGUUUGCAAUCCUAAUCGUGGCAGAUGGUUGGAACGUGGAGCUGCAGGGGCAGCAGGCUUGCAGUAGUGCUGCAGGAGCAACAGACUUGGGGCAGGGCUGCAGGGGCAGCAGACUUGGGGCAGCAGAGGCGCAGUAGCAGGUUGGUCGAGAAGUGCUGCAAGGCUGCAGGGGCAGCAGCAAGGCAGCUUUGCAGGGUCACAGGCACACGGGCGCCCAGGCGAGCAGCAGGGGCUGCUGUGCAAGGUUGCAGACGCACGGGCCAGCGAGCUGCAGCGAAGGCUUGGCUAGCUCGGGCUAGGGACUGCUCUAUGAAUGACUUGGUUUCAGGUUUUGGUUUUCUGUUUUGUGGCUAGAAUCGUGCUGAUCACGUGUUUAAGUAAAAGGGAAUUCGAGAGAGAAUUGAUGAGAGAAUUGUGUCUUAUUAUUGAGAAUAGGAGCCCUAUAUAUAGGGAUUACAAAGUAUAUAUUCUAAUGUUACAAGGAAUACUAAUCCGUCUAGGAUUAGGAAUUCUAGAACCUUCUCUCCUAUUACUACUCCUAGUUUGAUAAGACACACUAAGUCGAUUUUCCUUCAACUUACCAUGAUCUUUUAACAGUUACUACGUCCAGUUAUUUUUAGUUUGUGCAUCAUAUAUGCAAGGUAAAUAUGGAAAGAGAAAGCAUCUGUAAUGGUACACAGAAAAGUCACAUAGUGCAUAUUCAUGAUUUCAUUCACCAAAGACUGAUGGACAUUAGACUCCAACUCUGAAAUGGAGUGGCAGCACUCCUCUUUCUGGUUCCUCUGAAAGUACUUUCUUUUUUAGUAUAAGAGAACAACUACACAAGAGUGACAAGACCCUUCUUUCAAGACUAUUAAAUGUAAAAAGUGAGGUCCUCUCUAGUUCUCCAUUGCAAUUAACACAGAGAGAGUGCAGAGGUUUUAGUGAGAAAAAAUGAAGAUCAUGGAAGAGAAGAAAGACAGAACAGAGUUUGAGGGCUUGAAACCUUUUUGGGGUCUUCCUCCUCCUCCUUCAGUGCUCAAGCCCUUUGUGCAUGGCGGAGUCGCUGGGCUUCUCACAGGCUCUAUUAAUGGGGCAAUGGAGUACUCAGGAUUCCACAUCCUGAAGAACGUCCCUCUCUUUCGAAACCAUCCCACAUAUGUGCCCCGUUGGAUCUUUGUCAAGAUAAUCCCUGGUCUGGUUUUGAUUGAUGCUUUGGCUUAUAGUCAGCUACUUGGAAUUUACGAGAUUCUGAGACGAAGAGCAAUUGCUGCAAAUGAGGGUAUGCAGCCAAGGCUUUAUCAGGAAGCUGCUUGUGGGUUGAUUGCAGGAGCAGCUGGAACAUGUGUCAGCUUUCCAUUGUAUCUAGGGCUUUACCGGAAGCGGUUUGAAUCUAUGGGGGAUGCUGCAGGGCGGUGGAGACUAAGAAGCAAUUUGUCACAUAUCUUCAGAUAUGGAAGUGUUUCAUGGAAGAGAAGAGUUGGGUUAGGCAUGGGUAUGGUUGCUUCCUAUAAGCCAAGUCUCCAUUAUCUCGUGGAAUCUCGAGGUUUUAGUGAAGAGGAUGCAAAAUCUGGUGCAGGGGCUAUUUCAGCAUUGUCUGCUGCUGCAUGCGCUGUAUUGGCACCAUAUGCUUGCUCCCUCGUUCUUGCACGUGAAACUCUAAGAUCAAGAGGACCCCUUGGAUUCUUAACAGGACUUUCUGGUCUCUGUUUUCACGAAGCACCUAAGGUCAUGGUAUUCUGGGCUGUUUUUGAAGAACUCCAGAAAUAUUCCAAACCAUCAAUAGAAUCCGAGCAAUCUUAGCUCUGGCUGUUUUAAAAUGACAACUGAGGUUGGUUUGGCCAAACAUGUAUCAGUUAAUAGUCUUGAAUCGAACUGCGUCAUGUAUUUCCCACUUGAUCCUCACUUUCUGAGGCUAUUACAUAUAUGAUCGUUUUUGCUAGGGGUGAGUUCCCCAAUGGACCAUUA